AUGACAUCGCAUUUUGAAGGAUACGAAUCGAAACCGCGACUGAAAAUGUUGCUGGAGGCCGUGGGCUACACAGUGAGGACUCUGUUGCCAGCAGCGACGAGUGGACCAUGCCUCCUCACAUACUCGGCAGUGGCGGCAGUGAGCCUCCUGUGGCGUCGCUGGCGAACCGUCCAACAAGCUCGGCGCCACGCCGAAGCCCGAAAAACCGCCAUGACGAUCCUCGCGAAAGCUGGCCUACAAGUCGGCACGGAUCUCGUCGUGCUUGACGAUCGAGUCUACGCAGAAUGGAUACAGGGAAAAUCGAACGACGGAAUGCAGCCGUUGGCCCGACUCGGGGAGACGUACAUCGCCAAGUUGUGGGACGCCGGUCGAUUGCCAGUCGACGAGAUAGUAUUCAGACUCAUGAAUUACUCGCCGGAUGAUGAGUACGAACCCCGGAUUCCAUCAUGACAAGAAGUCUCGCGCGCUUUGCUCAGCUCACUGGAAUGUUUCGGGGCAUGAUACCGGGUUCACAUCGAUGAUCAUAAAAACGCUCCUUUCGCGUUUGAAUCUAAAGCGCUUUGCUUGCAACGAGA